GAUCCUUUUCCAGACCUAUUGUGAAAUCCGCGCAAAUUUAUGAAAUGAAACCAUGGCCGCCGCACGCAGCCAUGUUAGCAUGCAAAGCAAAUACGAUCGCGUGGUCCUACUGGUGGACAUGGACUGCUUCUUCUGCCAGGUGGAGGAGAAGCAGCAGCCCGAGUACCGCAACCGGCCCCUGGCCGUGGUCCAGUACAAUCCUUGGCGCGGGGGCGGCAUCAUCGCUGUGAACUAUGCGGCGCGGGCCAAGGGAGUUACCCGCCACAUGCGGGGCGACGAGGCUAAGGACCUCUGCCCGGACAUCGUGCUCUGCCAGGUGCCCAAUAUCCGGGAGAAGGCGGACACUAGCAAGUACCGCGACGCCGGCAAGGAGGUGGCCAAUGUGCUGCAGCGCUUCACCACGCUACUGGAGCGCGCCUCGGUUGACGAGGCGUACCUGGACAUCACGGAGACUGUGAACCUGCGCAUGCAGCAAAUGCAGAGUGGCGCCUUUGCACUAAAGCCGCAGGAGUUGAUCAACACCUUUGCCGUGGGCUACACCAGCAUUGGCGACUAUGUCAACAAGAUCACCAAACGCUUUGCUAAUCCCUACGUCGAUGACGAACGCUUCGCGCUGUCCUACGACCAGAAUGACCUUCCAGCCGUCCGCCAGAGUGACAUUCGUCUGCUCAUCGGCGCCUCCGUGGCCGGCGAGGUGCGGGCAGCUGUCAAGAAGGAGACCGGAUACGAGUGCUCGGCAGGCAUAGCACACAACAAGAUCCUGGCCAAGCUGGCCGCCGGCCUGAACAAGCCCAACAAGCAGACCGUCCUUCCGCUGGCGGAGAUCCCCGGUCUGUUUGACGCCUUGCCUGUGGGCAAGAUCAAGGGGCUAGGCGGCAAGUUCGGUGAGGUGGUGUGCGAGACCAUGGGCAUCAAGUUCCUGGGCCAAAUUGUCAAGUUCACCGAGGCGGAGCUGCAGCGCAAGUUUGAUGAGAAGAAUGGCUCCUGGUUGUUUAACAUCUCGCGUGGCAUCGACCUGGAGGCAGUUACUCCGCGCUUCUACUCCAAGAGCAUUGGCUGCUGCAAGAAGUUCCCGGGGCGGAACAACAUCACCGGCUUGAAAACGCUCCAGCAUUGGCUGGGGGAGCUCUCCUCUGAAAUCAAUGAUCGACUGGAGAAGGAUUUCAUUGAGAACAAUCGGAAGGCCAAGCAAAUGGUGGUACAGUAUGUCCAGGACAUUGACGGCGAGGAGGUUGCUAGCUCCCGCUCCACCGCCCUUAAGGACUACGACCAGGACUUGCUGGCGAAGUAUGCCCUGGACCUAAUUAAGGCCAAUACAAAGACGUUCCUGCGAGCCGGAAGCGAGGCGGCGCUGAACAACGCCAUCAAGUUCCUAGGAAUCAGCGUGGGCAAGUUUGAGACGGUUUCUAGUGCCCAGAACAAGUUACAGGAGAUGUUUGCUAAUCAGGCGGCCAAAAAACGAAGGGUGAGUGGGGAGGAGCCAGUACCACCGCCCAGAGUUCCAGUGGAAAUAAAGCCCAAGCAGACGGAGGAGUCCAAGAUGCAAAGCUUCUUUGCUAAUUAUCUAUCCAAAAAAGAGGAUAAGAAACCGGAAGCCACUAAUCCUGUGGUGGCAACUCCUAAAGAAGCUCCAAAAAAGAACUUCUUUGAGGAGUACAAGCAGAAGCUGAAGGCGGUCUCCCAAGCGGAAGGGGAAGCGGAGGAAACAGCUAUCACCUCAACGCCUCCCGAGCUCAAGGAGAGCUUUUUCUCCAAGUUUUUGAAGCAACAAAAGGUAAACCGGCAACAAAAGCCUGAAGCAGCGGAUGAGGACUCUUCGGAUAUGCAGGACCUGGCCGAGGAGUUGGACGCCAUCGAGGCUAACAAUGAAAAGGAUUUCGAUGACGAUACUGUGGAGGAUACGGAUUUAACAAGGCCCAAUCAGAAAUCGGAAACAGAGGAUUCAAAGGCAGAGAAGAACCUCUCUAUAGCGAAUUCUGUCGCAGAACAACCCCCACUUACCGAAGAGGAACUGCAGCCAUCUACCUCUAAGCGUAAAUUCAACGAAGUGGACAACUCGUAUAAGGAGAGUUACGCCGAGUACGCUGUUCCCAAGAUGCACUAUGACCUUUUGCCCACUGUGGAGUGCGAUCAGUGUGGAGCCAAAAUCUUUGAUGAAAUUAAGGCCCUGCAAACUCACCGAGAUCAUCAUUUCGCCCAGGAGCUAAGCCGCCAGCUGAAGAGCGAGCAGCGGGAGGAUAGGCAGAAGGAGUCACGCCAGAAGGAAGCAACCAAGCCAACGCCGCCGAAAAAACCCAAGAAGGCAGCUAGUACCAGUUCUGCUUCAUCUGGCAACAGCAUAGCCAAGUUCUUCAGCGUUAAAGAACCUCCGCCCCCGGUCAGCGAUGUUCCUAUGCAGCAGUGCUCCGAGUGCAAGGCAUAUAUAAAAAGCGUGGAUAUGCCGGAGCACAUUGAUUACCAUGUGGCCAGGAACUUGCAGCGCGAACUGAAUCAGCAGGACUUGCGCACUCGGGCAGCGGCACUCAGCAAGGAGAAGACCUCGCCGGCCCAGGCAAAGAAGCAAAAGUCCAAGGCUUUAAAUGUCACCAUUGGGGGUUCGUCCUCAAGUGGAACCAAGACUAUAGUGCAGUUCUUUAGUCAAAGUCAUUGAACAAUUUUUUUCUACAAUUUAAAAAUCAAAAUUAUUGAUAUUCAUUAUGUAAAUUAAGCAGUUUUUUUUUACAAUUUAAAAAUCAAAAUUAUUGAUAUUCAUUAUGUAAAUUUCUCUUAAAUUCCUCUAGGAUAUUAUCACCAGCAAAAGCGACUUUAUAUAUAUAUUUUUUUGUACACUAGUUAAGUAAUUAAUUUCGGCGCAGAGCGAAUUGAUUAAUGAAAUCACCUUUUGUUUUGUUAAUUGUAAACUUGUUUAUAUUUCAAAGCCAACUGAUUAAUGGAAGCUAAUACUUUUUUUUAUAAUAUUAUAUUAUGCCGUACCUUUUGACAUUUUCUACACUGAUAAAACUAAUUUGAACAUAAUUUUUAGACUUAAGUACCAAUGUUGACCAUUACCAAUUGCCAGUGAAUAAAUCAAACUCAGUUAUUUGUUAAUGCUAUUAA